AUGUCUACUAUCACCGAUGCCAUCACAAAGGAUCACAGGGAGCUUGAACAAUACUACAACGAAGUGGUUAACUCUUCGGACCCUGACCAUCAACAACGUUAUGGCAAUCAGUUCACCUGGGAGCUUGCCCGUCAUUCCGUCGCCGAGGAACUCAUUGUCUAUCCAGCGUUCGAGAAAUAUAUAGGUUCAGAGGGCAAGGCAAUGGCCGAGAAAGAUCGCAAGGAACACCAUGAGGUGAAAUUGAUGCUCAAGGACUUCCAAAACAUGAGUUCUAAGGACGCGAAUUACGUUCCAAAACUGAAAGAACUUAUGACGGAUCUAUCACAGCACAUCAAAGAAGAGGAGAAGGACGACCUUCCCGCACUCGAAAAAGCCUUGUCUCAAACGGACGCCGGAGUUUCCGAGUCACUUGCGAAAAGCUUUGGUCGAACCAAAGCAUUUGUCCCGUCCCGCAGCCAUCCAAGCGCCGGCGAACAUCCGCCCUUCGAGACCGCUAUGGGCCUUUUGAGUGCUCCUAUCGAUCACAUUGCCGAUAUCUUCCGCAAGUUUCCAGACAACGUUUCACCAAAUCCCUCCACAAAGUAG